AUGUCGACCCCCAAUUGCCUGCGCUGUCUCGUCCGGCCUUCGGCGGGGAUUCCGGUAUCAAUGCCCAUGUCCCGGGCUGUUCCUCCCAUCACCAGAACCACCCUGGCCGCAUCUUUCUCGACCACCGCAGCCUCAAAUGCUGCCCCCAGAAAGGCUUUCCAGCCAGCCCCCAAUGCGAAAGCGCACUCUCGUUCGGGAAAGAAGCUACAGCUCGGCAAGUUCAAGAAGGAUAGGACCGCCGAGAGGGGCAGGGUCCCGCUGCCCGGCGAGCGCAAGGCCUACCGCAAGCGCAUCACCCUCAGCAACGACAACGCCAUCCCCGUGCCAUGGUUGGCCGACCUGGGCCCGGCGGAUAUGACCGCAGCCGAGAACAUCGCCAGGGUUUUGUCCCUCCCCGCAGAGGUGCAGGACCAGCUGCGAGCCGACGAGGCCUUCAAGACGACACAGUGUUGGGGCAUGUUCAGGAAACCCUCCGUGUUGGUGCGCAAGGAAACGGUCGACUUGACGAAUCAAAUGCAAAACUCAGCCGAGAACAAAAAGACCCUGCGUCUCGUCGUGACCGGUGAUAAGGUGGUUGGCAAGAGCAUGAUGUUGCUGCAGGCCAUGGCAUACGCCCACCUCAACAACUGGAUUGUCAUCCACCUCCCAGAGGCCCACGAACUUACCACCGCCGGCACCGAAUACGCUCCCAUUCCGGGCACCGACCCCGUUCAGUACAUGCAGCCCGUCUACGUGCUCAAGCUGAUCCAGGCCAUCAAGCGCGCCAACGAGCAAGUUCUCUCGAGGACGUACACCAUCCAAGCCCACCCGGAACUGCCGCAAAACAUGCCCCCCAACACCCCACUCCUGGCCCUCGCCAACGUCGCCAAGGAGGCCGACGGCGCCUGGCCCGUCUUCCAAGCCCUCUGGAACGAGCUCACGGCACAAAAGGCCAACCGGCCGCCCAUCCUCCUCAGCCUCGACGGGCUCUCCCACGCCAUGAAGAUAUCCGACUACCGCUCGCCGUCCUUCGAGCGCAUCCACUCGCACGACCUGGCCCUCAUGCGGCUCUUCACGGACGCGCUGGGCGGGGGCGUGCAGUUCCCCGCGGGGGGCGCGGUGCUGGCCGCCACCAGCCGCAGCAACGCGCCGCGGGCGCCCAGCAUGGAGCUGGCGCUGGCGCAGCGCGAGGCCGAGGCGAAGGCGGGCGCCGAGGUGCCCCAGAAGGACCCCUUCUUCCGCGGCUACGACGACCGCGUCGAGGCCGUCCUGCGCUCGGUCCGCGUGCUGCGCGUCGCCGGCGUCGACAAGCGCGAGGCCCGCGCCCUCAUGGAGUACUGGGCCGCCAGCGGCAUGCUGCGCGCCACCGUCGACGAGAAGGCCGUCACCGAGAAGUGGACCCUCGCCGGCAGCGGCGUGCUCGGCGAGAUGGAGCGCGCCGCGCUGCGGACGAUGCGGAUUUGA